GACCCUGGCAGCACCUCGGAGACCGCAGCGAGUCGAUGGGUCGAGCUAUUGUGGCCCAGCCCGCUGCCGCAGAUGAAUGGCGAUGGGCGGGCCAGGGUCAAGUCCAUGUGUUCGCACCUGAGCCCCUCCGCUCCAUUCAUCUGGAGCAGCGGGCUGCGCCCACAGGUUUAUCUACUUGUUUUUAUUAGUCUCUAAGUGCUGCAGGACUAUUUAAGGUUUUUUUCCAGUUACAAACUAACACGGCUGCUCUCUGAAACUCAAUGCAAAAGAAUAAUUGGCCACAAAUCAGACAUCAGAAAUGGUAACAUACUAAAAUCAGUGGGAAACCACUUUUACAUUCCUAGACACAGUUACAGACUUGAAAGUUGUUGUUUUGAAGGUUUUUUGGUUUAAAAAAACAGAAUGCAGGAAGAUAUUGCUGAGCUGGAAUUAAUUUGAAAAUUUGAUGCCAUCAAGAUGCAUCUGAAUAGAGACUGGGCAUGGCUGUCUCAUUACAAUAAGUAACUUUCCCCUUCAGGUAUUCUCACUUUCUUACCACUGUUGGGAGUGGGCCAAAUCCACCUUGAUUGAAUUAGCACUAAUGUAACAUUCCCGUCUCUAUAGGUUUCUUACAGUUCACGUCCUCCGAUGCAUGAAGUGAAACUCAGGACAGCUUAUGCCCUAAUAAAAUUGUUAGCCUUUAAGGUGACCUCAGACUCUUUGUUUUUGCUGAAACAGACUAAGACAGCUACAUUUCUGAAACCUUUUCAACAGUUGUAAAUCCUAAACACAAUCUGUCCAAAAGUUUCAAAUGGGUAGCUGACUUAGUCUGUAACUGGAAAGACUUAAACAACAAAAUAGUCCUGCAGCACCUUAGAGACUAAAAAAAAUUAGAUGAUAUCAUGAGCUUUCAUGGGCACAACAUACUUCUUUAGAUAAAGAAAUCUGUUCAAAUCUGUAUCCAUAGAAAGUGGCUUUGGAGAUGAGAAUUAUGAAAUGGGACCCACAGUAGUGGAGCAUCAGAGUGUAGUUCCCUACUAAUCUUGUAUCCACUUACCUGAUUAGAGUUGGAGCAUGUCUUUACCAGGGAUGUAUGGGGCAAGCAACACGUGUAAUAUAUGGAAGACGACAUUCACACAUGGAACAAGAAUAUUCUCAGGCAGGGACUUUAAUAGACACUUGUUUACAUUCAUCUUACAAUGUUUCCCACCCCAGCUGACAUUUAUGACAAGACUGCAGCAGAAAUCGAGAAGCAAGGCUACGACUGUGAGUGCUUGGGCGGGGGCAGGAUCUCUCAUCAGAGCAAGGAAAAGAAGAUCCACGUUUAUGGAUAUUCUGUGGGCUUUGGUCGAGCAGAACAUUCUGUGACCACAAAGAUACUGAAAGAAGAGUACCCAGACUACGAGGUCACCUGGGCUGAUGAAGGCUACUGACCUGGCUCUGCUUCAACAGCAGCAGACAUCCUGCCCUUUUGCUUAGGUCUGAACAGCCCAGGCUGUUGACUGGGCUUAUGGGAGCAGAGCCUGCACUGGCCAGUGCUCUGGAACUGCCUGGGUUCUGCUGUUUUCCUUGUGUCUAGAGCUUCAUGGAGGAUGCAGGUUCAUUCUGCUGGGAGGCUUCUGCAGGAGGGGAAUUCAGUAACCUCCUUUCAGAUCCAUGAAUUAUAGGCUUGAGUUGCGACAGUGCUGAACCUGGCCAAGAGUUUCCAGAAAAGCCCGUGUUGGAAAUCCUGGCCCCAGUGAAAAUGGUUUGUGUGUGGCACGGGGACGGGGG